UCACAGCACACAACCACCGCAUCUCCUUUACGAACCUGCAUCAGAAAAAAAAGAAGCUCAAAAAGAGCGUCCCAGUUGGUGAAAAGUUGUCGUCAAUUGGUUGAAUGGCAAUCAUGCAGGAAUGAACUAAGUUUAGAAAAUAAACAAAGAGAAACUACAUGAGAACAGAAUAUUUUAAACGAGGUACUGCCUUUUAGAAAAGUUCUAUAUAUGAUAGAAAUGGAUAGUAUAAAUGGUGAUCGACAGCACACAUUAAUGUAUUUAUAUAUGUUGAUAAUUCUAAGAUCCUAGCUAGUUUACACGCCAACUCAGUUUUAUUUCUAUUCUAGAAAAAAAUAAAAUAAAAAUUAUUUUUAUCCUCUUAUAUAAUAAAUAUAAAUCUGCAUAAUUUUCUCUGUAUAGUCUUUCUUUCUGAUCUCUAAUAGCAUGACACACCUAGAUUGAAACAUUAGAUCUGAAGCAAAAUUUUUGUUUUCUUAUACUCGAGAACCAAGAAUUUCUUGUUGAUGUUAUUUUACUCAAACUAUAUUCAUCAUGACAAUGAAUAACAGUGAAAAAGUAAGUUUUUUAAGUGAAUCUCAAUUGAAUGACAUUAAUUUGUGAGUUUAUAUCAUGUUAAAUUAGUGAGUAAUGAUUAAAAUAUCAUGAAUGUACACUUGAUUUAACGAAAAAUAAAUAAUUCUGGACGUUGUUAAAAAAAAUCCUGAAAACCCCAGUUUGAUAGAUUAGGGCGUUAUUGUUUCCAAAGCUAUAAAAACCAUAAUUAACUGGACAAGGUAAGGGGAAUUGGACAGAGAUGCUCAAGCACAAAUGAAUGAGGAGCUGUCUGGGUGGAAGCUUGCUGUCAGUGAUGUGUUCAGAUCAGAACCAGAUUGCUCAAAGCUUCUCUGUGUUAUGGUUGGAGAUCGAUGGUGUUCAAAUUACAGGGAUGGCGGUAGUUACUAUUGUCUUUUUAGCCCUUGGUUUCAUGUUGCCAGCUUCAAUAGGGAUGCUGCUGACAGGGAUGAUUCUGCUGUAUCUAUUUCCAGGCAUUGUGGUGGACUAUGUUGCAAAAUGUUUGUGGAGAACCAUCGAAGGAGCUUCAAAUUAAAGAAUGGAGUGGUGCAAUUCCUAUUUCCUUGUCCUUUUGACCCUCUGGUUUUGCAUUUUCAUGCCAGUCACUCUUUUAGGAGGGUUCAUGGGGACACGAGCCGAGGCCAUUCAAUACCAAGUGAGAACAAACUAGGUACAAAUUGAUCACAUUGAGAAGAAAGAACCUGCCUUGUAUAUCAGACAUUUCAAGACCAUUCAAAACACACCCCAAGCGGGAAGAAGAAGAUUGCACAAGUCAGCUCCUCAUUAUUAGUAAGUCAUGAAUUUUUUACCAAGUAAAGAUAUUAUUAUUAUUAUUAGUACUAAGUCAUGGAUUUUUUAUUUUUUUAUAUUUAUCUUUUUUUUUAAGAUGAAUUUGAUGAGAAAUAAUUAAUUAAAUGCAACUAAUUACUCUCUGGAUAUCAUAAAAUUUUUGAAUCUUACCAAAUAUUUUAACCAAAAUCAAAGACAUUGAAGUAGAUUGCACAACUCAGCUCAUCAUUAUCACUAUAUACCACGUGCCAUUUUCUAGUUCUAAUGGGGGGGAUCGAGACGCAAAGUUUCUUUAAAGAAUGGCAGAGUCGGUGGACAUAAUAGCAGCAAUUAAAGCUGUAAGUAGGCUGCUGCAAUAUUUAUGCAUCCAUUGAAGACAUUCUCUAGGGAAAAAUGCAUGUUGUUAUGCGGUCUUUGUUUCAAAAACCAAAGACAUUGAACUACAAUUGUUUUGUCUUCAAGUCAGCAAUUAUCAUAAGCAACAGCGAGAAACCUAUUUUUCUAAGCUAUAAUUUUGUUUCGUCC